UUCAUAUUAUCUAAAAAAACUGAUGAUCACGAUCAUGCUUCUCAAACCGACAGUGGUGAGAUUGCACAAGUUGUUGCUUGUAUCAAACAACAAGCUUGUGAUAUACAAGAUAUAUCUUCUAAAAUAAUUCAAAAUAAUAUUUCCACUAUUUCAAAAAAUCUUUCACCUUAUAUGCCCAUGCCAGAGGCAUUUCGAAUGAGGAUUAAACGUGUUAGAAUAGCUGAAAUACUACCACAACCCCAGACUCUUGAUGAGACAUAG